GUGUUCAGAAGGCUCGUCUGUCAUCUAUCUACCUUCCAACUGAUUUGGUUCUUGGCACCACUGAUCUUAUGCAGGGCACAAGUGGUGACCCAGGAUGUAAGAGGGCUGCUGAACACACCUGCUUCUUUAAGAUGCUCUCUGCAAAAUCCCCAGGAAGUUUUGAUUGUGACAUGGCAAAAAAUCAAGGCUGUAAGCCCAGAAAACAUGAUCACCUACAGCGAGAACCAUGGGGUUGUAGUCCAGCCUGCCUACAAGGACAAGAUAAACAUCACCCAGCUGGGACUCAUGAACUCAACCAUUACCUUCUGGAAUACCACCUUGGAAGAUGAGGCGUGUUACAAGUGCCUCUUUAAUACCUUUGGUUCUGGAAAGAUCUCAGGAAUAGCCUGCCUCACUCUCUUUGUACAGCCCACAGUAUUCCUUCACUAUAAAUUAUCUGAAGAUCACCUAAAUGUCACUUGCUCUGCCAAUGCUCGCCCAGCCCCUAUGAUCUCCUGGAAGGUCUUUGGGUCAGGGAUUGAGAACAGUACCGAGAUCGUCUCACACCCCAAUGGAACAACAUCUGUCACCAGCAUCCUCCAGAUCAAAGACCCCAAGACACAGGUGGGGAAGGAUGUGAUCUGCCAGGUGCUACACCUGGGGACUGUGACCGACUACAGGGAAACCGUGAACAAAGGCUUUUGGUUUUCAGUUCCACUGUUGUUAAGCAUCGUCUCCUUGGUAAUUCUUCUGGUCUUAAUCUCAAUUCUACUCUACUGGAAACGUCAUCGGAACCAAGAUCGAGAGCCCUAGAGGAGUCGCACAGAACCCUGACAGUUAUUUCCUGGUCUACUUGAAUCUGACUCAGGAGGCAAGCAGAAGAAAGAGGGUCAUUCUCCAAGGAACCUAAAAGAGCAAAAAAAAAAAAAAAAAAAAAAAAAAAAUGGGAGUCAAAGGCCCAAGAAUUUCAAGACUUUCCACUGCCAUGUAGGCCACCCAGUGCUUCUGUGAGUUCCCAGAGGAAGUCAUUUUACCUCUCAGGUCUGUUGUAGGACUUGGUUUUGUAAAACGAUGCAGUGUUGUGCUGUUGAAAGGAUACUGGACUUGGAGCCAGGAGCCACCGCUCGGAGGUUGACUUUGACUCCAACUGGUGGCAACUCUGUGUUAAUCAUAUCUCAAUGAACUUUCACAUUCGCAUCCAGAAAGUUAAGAAGUUGGACCAAAUAAUUUUCCAUUCUGCUCUAAAAACAGAUGCAAUUCCAGGAAAGAAAAAAAAAAAGAUAAAUAAAGAGAAAAGAAAUGAAAGAAGAAUACAGGAAGGUAGGGACCAAAGAACUUUUCUGAGACUGCCUUUUGCCUUUCUGUGGAUAUGCCAUCUUUUCUUCCCUUCUUCUUUGGUCCAUAAGUCUAUUUCCUCAUCACUGGGUAUCUUGUCCACUGCCUGCUUACUGUGUUUGCUAUUAACUGGUCUUUCUAGAAGUCUCAGUUUCACUGCUCUUCUUUAUGUACUUCUGUGAUGUUACCACAAUGGAAGUGGAACUCAAUUUAUUGUGAAGUAAUAUUGGCAACCUUAACUUGGCUUAUCUGUUUUUAUAGCAGACAAAAUAUUGUUAGUCUUAGACAGCAGCUUGCAUUUUUUAAAAAGCAUGCAUUUCUCAUCCAUUUGUCUCAUAAUAUGACCCAGCCCUAUUUUAAUCAUUCUAAAUUCAACCUAGUGUAAUGAAAUAUAUUAUGAAAAGAGGUGUUUAGAAAGUUUUAUGAAUAGCAGUCAGUUAAAUCAAAUGCUUUGCCUCCCCCAACUUUUUUUCUUAUAAAGUAACUUAUCACAAUAGCAGAGGAAGCAUGUAUGGCUGUACAAAUUCCUUUGUCAUAAACAUAUUGUUUUAACUAGUGGAACAGUUUUGAACUCUAAAUCAUCAUUGGACCAAGCUGGUGACCUUUUCAGUAUCUUUUGCUUUCUUGUCUGUAUCCAGUGACCUAGAAACUAAAACUUAAGUUGUCUUUAUUGUUGUAUUGAAUAUUUAUAUAUUUAAUAAACUUUUCGUAUGUUAUUUAAUUAUGUAUUAUUUCAUAUAUUUGUAUUAAUAUACUAAAUAAUUAAAAGUGUCUAACUA